AUGGAUCCUACCGCAGCAGUAGCAGUAUACUGCGGUUCUUCGCUGGGUAAACAGCCUGCGUUUCGCCAUGCGGCGUCUUCGCUCGGACAUGCUCUGGCGACUUCGGGCCAUUCGCUAGUUUAUGGCGGAGGAUAUAAGGGAAUUAUGGGCAUAGUCUCCGGGGCAGUGCUAGAGAAAGGGGGCAGAGUCACUGGUGUUGUGCCAUAUGCAAUGGUUGCCGCAGGAGGAGAGGGAGGCAAAGUCGAGGAAGCGGACCAUGGAUCAAAAGUCAUUCUCAAUGAAGCGGGACGUGAGCAGACAGAAGUUAUCCUGGUGAGCUCUAUGCACGACCGGAAAAUGCUUAUGGCGAAGCGCGCUGGUGGCUUCGUUGGUCUUCCAGGUGGAUUUGGGACAUUUGAAGAGGUACUCGAAGCGAUAACAUGGAGUCAACUGGGCAUCCAGAACAAGCCUGUUGUAUUACUGAACGUCCGUGGUUUCUUCUCGCCGUUACGGGAUCUUAUCUCGAACGGGGUUGAGGAGAAGUUCAUUGCAGCCCAGAACCAGGGUCUUGCGAUCUUUGUUGAUGGUCCCGAAGACUUUUCCGAGCACGAUUCGUAUGACUGGGGUUCCGCCGCCGUGGAGGCGCUCCAUCAAUGGACGCGACCUGAGUGGAAGGGCUUGGGCUUCGACUGGACAAGGGGCGUCGAAGGGAAAAAGGGAGAUGAUCCUAUGCAGGCGAUCUAG